UUUAAUUUUAUAUAAUAUAUAUUAUUUAUUAGAGCGUCUGUGAUACCUCAUACUCAUUCUGUUUACACGCCUGAGAGCCGCGCAGCAGUAGUUCUUGUUAGUUUAAGGCCGCUGCUCCGGGGAUGGCGUCCACUGCGGCCACGCUGGUGGCCAGUGCUGCGGCCACGCUGAUGGCCAGCACCGCGGCCACGGCCGCGGCCCCCGGCGGCCCGCUGGAGAAGUACCUGUGGAUGCUGAUUCUGGGCUUCAUCAUCGCCUUCGUGCUGGCUUUCUCCGUGGGCGCCAAUGACGUGGCGAAUUCGUUCGGCACGGCGGUGGGCUCGGGGGUGGUGACCCUGAAGCAGGCCUGCAUCCUCGCCAGCAUCUUCGAGACCGUGGGCUCCGUCCUGCUGGGCGCCAAGGUGAGCGAGACCAUCCGGAAGGGCCUGAUCGACGUGACCAUGUACAACACCACCCAGCACCUGCUGAUGGCCGGCUCGGUCAGCGCCAUGUUCGGUUCUGCCGUGUGGCAGCUAGCGGCUUCGUUUUUGAGGCUUCCCAUUUCUGGAACCCAUUGUAUCGUGGGCGCCACCAUUGGUUUCUCCCUGGUGGCUCAAGGGCAGGAAGGUGUCAAGUGGUCCGAACUGGUAAAAAUUGUGAUGUCUUGGUUUGUUUCUCCGCUGCUUUCUGGGAUCAUGUCUGGAAUUUUAUUCUUCCUUGUUCGGACAUUCAUCCUCCGUAAGGCAGAUCCAGUUCCUAAUGGUUUGCGAGCUUUGCCAGUUUUCUAUGCUUGCACGGUUGGGAUAAACCUGUUUUCCAUCAUGUAUACUGGAGCACCUUUGCUGGGCUUUGACAAACUUCCUCUGUGGGGCACCAUCCUCAUCUCGGUGGGAUGUGCAGUUCUCUGUGCCCUUAUCGUCUGGUUCUUUGUAUGUCCCAGGAUGAAGAGGAAAAUUGAACGAGAAAUAAAGUCUAGUCCUUCGGUGAGCCCCUUAAUGGAAAAAAAGAACAGCUUGAAAGAAGACCACGAAGAAGCAAAGUUGUCUCUGGGUGACAUAGAAGUCCGGAGUCCCAUCUCCGAGGCGGGGCCUGUCGCCGUGCCCCUGCGGGCGGUGGUGGAGGAGAGGACUGUCUCCUUCAAGCUGGGGGACUUGGAGGAAGCGCCGGAGCGAGAGCGCCUUCCCAGUGUGGACCUGAAAGAGGAAACCAGCCUGGACGGCCCCAUGAACGGUGCAGUGCAGCUGCCUAACGGGAACCUAGUUCAGUUCAACCAGGCCGUCAGUAACCAGAUCAACUCCAGUGGCCACUACCAGUAUCACACGGUGCACAAGGACUCCGGCUUGUACAAAGAGCUGCUGCACAAGCUGCAUCUUGCCAAGGUGGGCGACUGCAUGGGAGACUCCGGCGACAAACCCUUGAGGCGCAACAAUAGCUACACUUCCUAUACCAUGGCAAUCUGUGGCAUGCCUCUGGAUUCAUUCCGUGCCAAAGAAGGUGAGCAGAAAGGUGAGGAGAUGGAGAAGCUGACGUGGCCGAACGCAGACAGCAAGAAGCGAAUUCGAAUGGACAGUUACACCAGCUACUGCAAUGCCGUGUCUGACAUUCACUCGGCCUCUGAGAUGGACAUGAGCGUCAAGGCAGAGAUGGGCCUGGGUGACCGAAAAGGAAGUAGUAGCUCUCUAGAAGAGUGGAACGACCAGGAUAAACCAGAAGUCUCUCUCCUCUUCCAGUUCCUGCAGAUCCUCACAGCCUGCUUUGGCUCAUUUGCCCAUGGUGGCAAUGAUGUCAGCAACGCCAUUGGCCCUCUGGUUGCCCUGUAUCUGGUUUAUAAAACGGGAGAUGUAUCUUCAAAAGUAGCAACCCCAAUAUGGCUUCUGCUGUACGGUGGUGUUGGCAUCUGCAUCGGUCUGUGGGUGUGGGGAAGGAGAGUCAUUCAGACCAUGGGCAAAGAUCUGACACCGAUCACACCCUCCAGUGGCUUCAGUAUUGAACUGGCAUCUGCCCUUACUGUGGUAAUUGCAUCCAACAUUGGCCUUCCCAUCAGUACAACGCAUUGUAAAGUGGGCUCUGUUGUGUCCGUUGGCUGGCUCCGAUCCAAAAAGGCUGUUGACUGGCGACUUUUUCGCAACAUUUUCAUGGCCUGGUUUGUCACGGUUCCCAUUUCCGGUGUAAUCAGCGCUGCUAUCAUGGCGUUCUUCCAAUAUGUCAUCCUGCCCUGACCGGUUUGGCUCAGUGGAUAGAGCGUUGGCCUGUGGACGGAAGGGUCCCGGGUUCGAUUCCGGUCAAGGGCACCAAAAAUAAAAAUAUAAAAGAAAUAUGUCAUCCUCUGAGCGGAAGCUAUUUGGGAUGAGAAUCGUGCCAGUGUUUGGACCACCACAGCGUUCCUGCUCCUCUGAACGAUUACAGUGAGACAGGAGACCCAGGACAAUCUAUAGUUUGGGAGCUGUGGGAGGAAGUAUUACUUGUGCUACAUUUGCUUUUGUGCUAAAUAUGACUUGUCUCAAAAUUAGCUAUUUAAAUAGCCAGGUUUCCACUGGUUCCUAUUGGCUGUGACUUCCUGUACAUAUUUAUCUACUUUUUGUACCCAGCUUCAAUUUCAUUGUUUUAAUGUUGUGUCUGAAGAUAACUUGUGAUUUCUUUUUUUUCUUAAACACCAUCCAGAGCCAUUUGACAUACAGUGUGCUCUGGUUGGUGGCGUCACCAGCUUCUGCCUGAACACGCACAGGGAUGUAACAACAAAAACAUAUCUGAAGCUUCCCUUGUAGCUCUUAGUCAAAUAGUCAUUUGCACUCUGCCCUCCUGUUGGCAGUGGCAGGUGGUUCUGUUGGCAUUUGUGGCGUUUGUGGGGACGAGGUUGUUGGGCACAGUAAGAAUUUAAAUUAGUAACUUCCUGCAAGCAGUUGACUGACUGACUUAUUGCUAUGAAGAAAUAGGAAGAAAAGCCUCUGGCAGUUGUGGUUUCUUUGAGAUUUCUGGCAAUGUGGGAUGGAUGAAUGGAGUGUGAACUUUGGGCAAGUUGGAUGGGACAGCCUUCCAUGUUCAUCUGUCUACCUCUUAACUGAAUAAAAAGGCCUACAGUUUUUAGAUAA